UUUCCAUCAGCUUUCAUGGAUUCCAUUCCUAGAAAAUUUUCAGGCUCCAAGAACGGGCAAAAAUUGUACCACGAGUCGGUUUCCAUUAAUUCAGAUCAUAAUGUUGUUGAGAGAUUCAUGGAUCCUCCUUUCCUCCCGACCAAAUCUCAUCCUUACAACUCGGCUACAGUUUCUGGUGCCAGAUUGGAGGAGGAUUCUGCAGAGGACUGCGAGUUAUCCAUUGCAAUGCUCAAGUACAUGGGCGAGAUUCUUAUGGAAGACGAAUUGGAAGACAAGAACUGCAUGUUUCAGGACUGCGUGGCCCUCCUAGCUGCUGAGAAAUCCUUCUAUGAUGUCCUCGGAAACCGGUCUCCUCCUCAGCCUCCGCCCAAUCCUCCUCCAUAUCACGUCCAUCUCCAUAGUCCGGAUGAUGCUUCUGUGCUGGGUUGCAGCAGUUCCAGUGGUAACAGCAAUGCUGCUGCCAACAACUUUGUUGAAUUCGAAAUGGUUGAGUUAGGCCAGUUAGAAGCCUCUCGUGUGCCAACGCCUCUUGUAAAUCACAUACUGCAGCCGAAUACAUGGAUUCCUUUUGAAGAAAAUGAUGCAGAGGCAGAUAGGAGGUCUUACUCAUCCAAUGGGCCGAGGGGAAGGAAAAAUCAACACCCAGAUGAAGGCGAUGAUUCCCAAGGCAGAUGUAGCAAGCAUUCAGCACUCUACACUGAAGAGCCUGAUGAACCAUCUGAUGAGAUGUUUGAUAGUGCCUUGCUCCCACGUGAUGGUGAAGCAGGCAAGAAGUUGCAUCAGAACGAGCAAUCAAAAGGGUCGAAUGGCAAAGCAGGUCGUGUUAAGAAGAAGCACAACAAAGGGGAACUGGUGGAUUUGAAUGCACUCUUAAUUCAAUGUGCACAAGCCGUGGCAGCCUACAAUCAGAGAGCUGCAAAUGAUAUACUGAAGCUGAUUAGGCAACACUCCUCUCCUUUCGGCAAUGGAUCUCAAAGAUUGGCACAUUUCUUCGCAAACAGCCUUGAGGCACGACUUGCUGGAACAGGAUUACAAAUGUAUACAGCCCUUGCCACCAAGAGGACAUCAGUUGCUGAUGUGAUCAAAGCCUACCAGUUAUACGUCUCAGCCUGCCCUUUCAAAAGGAUGUCAAAUAGAUAUGCCAAUCGGGUGAUUGCAAAGCUAGCCGAGGGUGCAACAAGGCUGCAUAUUAUUGAUUUUGGCGUCCUCUAUGGUUUCCAGUGGCCCUGCCUCAUCCAGUUCCUCUCUCUGAGACCUGGUGGGCCUCCCAAGCUCCGCAUCACUGGGAUAGAUUUUCCUCAGCCUGGUUUCCGGCCGGCAGAAAGGGUUGAGGAGACAGGACGCCGCUUAGCCAAUUAUUGUAAGAGAUUCAAGGUCCCAUUUGAGUACAAAGCCAUAGCGCAAAGGUGGGAGACUAUUAAAGUUGAGGACCUGGAGAUUGACAGAGAUGGGGUGCUUGUUGUGAAUAGCAUUUAUCGGAUGAAGAACCUGCUUGACGAAACAGUAACAGACAAGUGCCUCAAGGAUGCAGUUCUGGAACUGAUCAGGAGGAUUAAUCCAGAUAUUUUCAUCCAUGGUGUUUUAAAUGGAAACUUCAAUACGCCCUUCUUCUUUACACGGUUCCGGGAGGCACUGUUCCACUUCGAUGCGUUGUUUGAUAUGUUAGAUGCUUCAGUGCCACGUGAAGAUGAAGGAAGGAUGAUGUUUGAGAGAGAGAUAUAUGGAAAAGAUAUCAUGAACAUCAUAGCAUGUGAGGGCUCAGAGAGGAUUGAAAGGCCGGACAUUUACAAGCAGUGGCAAGCUCGGAAUGAGAGGGCAGGGUUGAGGCAGCUUCCCUUAGAGCAGGAGAUACUGAUGAAAGUGAGGAAUAUCGUGAAGAUGGAUUACCACAAGGAUUUUGUGGUGGAAGUGGAUGGCGGGUGGAUGCUCCACGGUUGGAAGGGGCGAGUCAUCUAUGCCAUCUCCUGUUGGAAGCCUUGCCACCACCUUUGAAGUUUUAGCGAUAAAGUGGAAAUCCACGGCCACAUCCUCCUCAGGCGAUGGAAAUGUCGCAUUGGGGCGGCUGUCCGCUUUGAGACAAUGGGUUAUUGUUGGAAGCUAUCCAUGGAUACCCUUCUCGGAGAAUUUUCUGGUUCCAUGCCAGAAUUCAAAUUCGACCAUGACUCGGUGUCGGUCUCCAGCUAUUCAGAUCAGAAUCUUGUUGAGAGAUCCAACAAGCUCAGUCAGGGCACCAUGGAUCCUCCUUUCCUACCAACCAAUCAUCAGCCUUGUAACUCGGCCACAUCUGGGGCGACACCGGAAGGGCCUCCAACUGAAGAAGGCGACUUCUCCGUUGCUAUGUACAAGUACAUAGGUGAUAUUCUUAUGGAAGAGGACUUGGAGGAUAAGAAUUGCAUGUUGCAGGACAGCGUGGCCCUCCUAGCUGCUGAGAAAUCCUUCUAUGAUGUUCUUGGUGAGCCGUUUCUCCCUCAACCCAAUUCCCCUCAGUCUAUUGGUCGAAACAUCGAGAGCCCAGAUGAUAAUCCUGUGACAAGUUGCAGCAGUUCCAGUAGUAACAGCGAUGCUACUGCUAAUAGCUUUGUUGAAUCAGACUGGGCAGGCCAGUUUGAAGCCUCCUACCUGCAAACCCCUCUUGUGAAUCAGGUAUGGCAGUCCAAUGUUAUGUCGAAUUCACAGUUCAUAGACUCUCCUGUAAGUGCCCCUUUGAAAGGUGGUUUAUUUAGGGAGAGCCAAUCUGUUGAACGUGUAAUUUAUGAUCUGGAGAACAAUAUAGCGAUUCCUUUUGAAGCGAAUGGAAAGGCUCUGGAGACGGAAAAGGGUGGUAUCAGAGGAAAGAAAAAGCAACAACGGGGUGAUGGUUAUGAUUCAGAAGAGAGGAGCACGAAACAAUCUGCACUUUAUGCUGAAGAGUGUGAGCCAUCUGAGGUUUUCGACAGUGCAUUGCUCUGUGAAGAUUUAAAUGUGUCUGGAAUUUGUAUCGUUGAGGAGGAAGCAAGAAAGAAAUUGCAGAAGAAUGGGGAAUCAAAAGCUAAUGGUAAAGCAGGGCGUCGUAAGAAACAGGGCAACAAAGGGGAAGUUGUGGAUUUGAGGGCACUUCUAACGCAGUGCGCGCAGGCUCUGGCCGGCAGUAAUCUGAGGUCUGCAAAUGACCUUCUGAAGAUGAUCAGGCAGCACUCCUCUCCUUGUGGCGAUGGGGUUCAAAGGUUGGCUCAUUUCUUCGCUAAUAGCCUUGAAGCACGCUUGUCUGGCACCGGAUUGGAGAUGUCUAAAGCCCUCGUUAGGAAAAGAACGCCGGCUGGUGAUAUAAUAAAGGCGUACAGGUUAUAUGUCACAGUAUGUCCUCUUAGGAGGAUGAGUCAUAAAUUUGCAAAUCGAACCAUGGCAAAACUAGCUGAGCGAGAAACAAGGUUGCACAUUAUCGAUUUCGGUAUUCUCUACGGUUUCCAAUGGCCCUGCCUUAUCCAGCUCCUCUCAUCCAGACCCGGCGGCCCUCCCAAGCUUCGGAUUACCGGAAUAGACCAUCCACAACCUGGAUUUCGCCCAGAAGAAAGAGUUGAGGAGACAGGCCGAAGAUUAGCAAAUUAUUGUGACAGAUUUAAUGUCCCAUUUGAGUACAAAGCCAUAGCACAGAAGUGGGAUACCAUUCGACUUGAGGAUCUCAAGAUUGAGAAAGACGAGGUUGUUGUUGUGAACUGUUUGUAUCGGCUGAAGAACCUGCUUGAUGAAACAGUAGUUGCCAACAGUCCAAGGGAUGCUGUUCUGAAAUUAAUCAGGGAGAUUAACCCUGCUGUGUUCAUCCAUGGGGUUGUUAAUGGGACUUUCAACGCCCCCUUCUUCGUCACACGGUUUCGGGAGUCGCUCUUCCACUACGAUACACUGUUUGAUAUGUUUGAGGCAACUGUACCCCGUGAAGAUCAAGAGAGGAUGCUGUUUGAGCGGGAGAUAUUUGGAAUGGAUAUUAUGAACAUCAUAGCAUGUGAGGGUUCAGAGAGGUUCGAAAGGCCAGAAACAUACAAGCAGUGGCAGAUCCGGAAUGUGAGGGCAGGGUUGAGGCAACUUCCAUUAGACCAGGAGAUAGUGACAAAUGUGAGGAGUACUGUGAAGUUGGAUUACCAUAAGGAUUUUGUUGUGGAUGAGGAUGGUGGGUGGAUGCUACAAGGUUGGAAGGGGCGAAUCAUCUACGCCAUCUCCUGUUGGAAACCUCAUUCUGAGCUCUGUGAGUGUAGUAGUUGGGGCACCGUGGUUCAGUUUGUAAUUACAAUAUGUAGAGAUGGGAAUGUGGAAAUUAUGAAGCAGAAGGAUCAAAGUGCCUAUCUCAUGGACCCUCCUUCCCAUCCAAACGAUUCUCAGCCUGGUAAUGGAGCUCAAUCUGCAGGGCCGAGACUGGAAGAGGCUUCCCCAGAGGAAGGGGGCUUCGUCAAUGCUAGUCUCAAGUACAUAAACAGGAUGCUCAUGGAAGACAAUAUUGAGGAAAAGACAAACACGUUGCAUGAUAGCUUGGCCCUCCAAGCUGCUGAGAAAUCCUUCUACGAAGUCCUCAGUGAGACUCAUCUGCCUCUUCGCCAUAUUGAUGAAGCCUCAGCGAAUCCAGAUGGCAAUUUUGUUCAGAAUUCCAGUAGUUCUAGUGCUGCUAACAACUUUGUUGAUUCAAACUGUGAUAUCAACCAUGUGCUGCUAGACAAUUCCGUUGAAGGGAAAGAAAAUCAACAUGAGAAUGAUGGUGAUGAUUUGCAAGGGAGGAGUACAAAACAAAUGGCAGUUCAUGCUCAAAAUUCUGAGCCACCCAAUGUUUUUGAUGAGGCAUUGCUCUAUAACGAUUUAAAUAUGUCCAAGCUUUGUAUUAAUGAUGAUGAAGCAAGCAAGAAGUUGCAGCAGAAUGAGCGAUCAAAAGGGUCUAAUACUAAAGUAGGCCGCGUUAAGAGGCGCAGUAAAGGGGAAGUGGUGGAUUUGAGGUCACUUUUAAUUCAAUGCGCACAAGCUGUGGCGGGCAAUGAUCAGAGAGCUGCAACUGAACUACUGAAGCUGAUUAGGCAACACUCCUCUCCUAUGGGUGAUGGGUCCCAAAGAUUGGCUCAUUUCUUUGCUAAUGGCCUUGAGGCACGCCUGGUUGGCCUUGGAAUGAAGAUAUAUGAAGAGUACAAAGCCCCAGGUAUUGAAAGGCCGUUAGCUGCUGAUAUCAUAAGAGCUUACAAGGUAUAUGCCUCAGCAUGCCCUUUCAAGAGAAUGUCGUAUUUCUUUGGAAACUGGAUGAUUGGGAAAGUAGCUGAGAAAGCAACAAGGCUGCACAUUAUUGAUUUUGGUAUUCUCUUUGGUUUCCAAUGGCCUUCCUUUAUCCAGCAUCUCUCACAGAGGCCUGGUGGGCCUCCCAGACUACGCAUUACUGGAAUAGACUUUCCUCAACCCGGUUUUCGGCCAGCUGAAAGGGUUGAGGAUUCAGGAUAUCGCUUAGCAGAUUAUUGUAAUAGAUUUAAGGUCCCUUUUGAGUACCAUGCCAUAGCGGAGAAGUGGGAAAAUAUUAGACUUGAGGAUCUCAAGAUUGACAAAGAUGAGAAGCUUGUUGUGAACAGUUUGUAUAGGUUAAAGAACCUGCUGGAUGAGACCGUAGUGGAAGACUGUCCUAGGGAUGCCGUUCUCAACCUAAUCAGGAGGAUCAAUCCAGAAAUUUUCAUCCAUGGAAUUGUGAGUGGUUCCUUCAAUGGCCCCUUCUUCCUACUUAGGUUUAAGGAGGCACUCCACCAGUAUGAUGCACUAUUUGACAUGCUUGAUGCUACUGUACCACGAGAAGAUCAAGAUAGGAUGCUGUUUGAGAAAGUGGUAUAUGGAAGGUAUUCCAUGAAUAUCAUAGCUCAUGAGGGUUCAGAGAGAUUUGAAAGGCCAGAAACAUACAAGCAGUGGCAGGCUCGGAAUGUGAAGGCGGGUUUCAGGCAGCUUCUUUUAGACCAGGAGAUCUUGUCCAGAGUGAGAACUACUGUGAAGCAAGGUUUUCAUAAGAAUUUUAUGGUGGAGGAGGAUGGUGGGUGGAUGCUGCAGGGUUGGAAGGGGAGAACAAUCCAUGCUCUCUCCUGUUGGAAGCCUUGCUAGGAGUUGCUAAAUGUGAGCAAUGAAGUCUACCACCCAGAAAGGAGGAUCAUGGUGUACUAGCAGCAGUAUUCUG